AUCUCCUCCCUUCUUUCCUUGUUUGGCUGUUAGUUUCGUUAACAAGCGCUCUUUCUGAGCCCAAAGAUUAUAUCUUUGUUUUUGUUAUGCUGCAACUUGUUAUAGCCAAGCAGUAAGAAGUUGAUGAAUUCAUGUUUGCAACUUAUUCUGGAAGUGAAAAUCAGCUUCAUGGAUGAUGGUCUUGGGAAGAUAAAAGUGAUUCCAGAUCAUUUUAAAGCAUCCCCACCCAGUGGUGACUCUUCUCAAAACGAUAGGUCCAUUAGCUGGAGCCGAAGAAAAUUAAGGACUGCUGCACACAUGCUGAAGUUGAACUUGUUUGGUCUAAGGGGGCUGCCAUGGGGUUCUGGUACAGAUGGUGAAGAAAAGGUUGAGCUAUCUGCUGUAGAACUAGAAUCACUUCGUACAGAGCUCGCUGAUAUAGAAGAGAGGGAAGCUCACUUGAAAGCUCAAUUGGAACAUGUUGAUGAAAUUUUGCGAUCUGCUCGUCUGUCUGGCUAUUUGUACAUUCGAACUAGAUGGACAGCAUUACCAGGAGAACCUCCUCCCCUUGAUGAUACUGAUGUUGAUGACUGGCUUCCGCGCUUUGUUGUCUUGCAAGGGACCUGUAUGUUCUUCUACUUGUUAUCCACAGAUAUAAGUCCUCAAGACUCUACCCUAUUAUCUGAUAUUGUUGAAAUAGGCCCCUUGCCAAGCUUUACACGAGAUGAUGAAGGAACUCGAUAUGCAUUUUAUAUUUUAACACGUCAAGGACUGCGGUACGAGUGCUCUAAUGUUUCUGAGAUACAGUUGAAUUCCUGGUUGGCGGCAUUGCGAAUUGACUGCAAAUUGGAAAAAUCUGAUGCCACUAUACCAAAUGGCUCGUGUUAGACGUGAAGCUGUACGCUUUUAGUAGCCCCAAGUCAUAAAUUAAGAUGUAGGCGAACUGGCUAACUGUGAUGUUCUGGCUUUACAAAGCCUGACCCUGCUUUCAUUAAAUUCAUUCAUCCUCUUUGUACAUAAAAAUAGCACCUAACUGAAGUAGCAUUCCAAAUCUAUGCUGCUUACUUAGAAGUUUACUGAUGCAUAAUUAAGCUCAUCGACUUAUAUAGGAUUUGUUGGCCUGAAGUAUCUUGGAUAUACCAUGUAAAUAGUCAAAUUUCUUUAAGCACAUCUCCCUGUUUCUUCUAUUCUUCAAUGAGAUGCUUCAAUUAUCCUGAA